AUGAUGAAACGACGUCUAAUACUUUGUGCCUCCAUCCUACUGGCACUGCUCCUGGAACCUUCCAAGGCUCAACCACCGAUGUGUCCUGUGGUCCAGAAUGCCUACACCACGGCCCGAUUGGAAAGCAAUGACCCAAAUGGUCCAGACUUUAAGGAGGUUAGUGGAAUUGCCUUUUCACCAACGCAAAAAGUAAAUGGCAAUCCAAUAUUCUAUGCCGUCAGUGAUGGUGGUGGCGAUGCUCGGAUAGGAAUCUUUGAUUCCGGAAACGGUCGAAGAUUAAGGACACUCAGGCUUGACAAAGGGUUCUUUCCAAACAGAGAUUGGGAAUCUUUGACGAUUGGAUCAUGUGGGAAAAGCGGCGUCAACGACAGUUGCUUAUAUGUUAUGGAUGCUGGUGACAACAAGGCCCGACAAACAGGUGGCCGUGAAGGGCGAAACAAUUAUCAAAUUUUGAAAAUCAAAGAGCCUCGAAUAAAUGAGUACCGGGACAACGACCAAAUCCCAAGAAGCAGGACAUCAAGGCUACAAUUCGACUAUCGACAUUCUUCCUCUCCAACCAAUAAUGCGGAUUGCGAAGCUAUGUUUCUGGAUCACACUGGUUGGGGAGGUGGUGCUGAAAUUGGAGAUAUAUACUUAGCCACCAAAUGGGACAAGGGAAACGAAAGAUCCAAAAAUCGACUAUUCCGGAUACCUGCCAGCGUAUGGGCCCCCAACUUUAAUGGUUCCACACGACAGCAUUCCGUUCGAUCCAUUGGUAUCACCAACUACGACAGUUAUCAACGGAACGGCUCAGACCAUUUCAUGAAGUUCACUUGGACAAACGCUGAAAUGAGUUUUGAUGGAACUCUGAUUGGAUUGGGAAACAGUGUCCGAUCAUUUGUCUUUUUGAGAUGUCCUGGACAAUCGGUCAAAGAUGCUCUUGUGAACCCAAGCGCGAAUGCCAAGCCUUGUCUCGAUUUCUCCCAUCCUUCCUCUGGCCAAGUUGAAUCAUUUGCAUUUACACCCGACAAGAGAUAUUCUCUUGAUCUCCCAGAAGGUAAUGUUCCAAAACUCGGCUGGACCAAAUUCGAAUUCAACAAGGACAAGACCACAAGGAUAUGUCCAUUGCUACAGCCCACGGAUGCUCCAACCAUGCGCCCGACUACUGCUCCUUCGUUGGCGCCGACAAUAACGGUAGCGCCAACCCCAUCGCCUACCGAAACACCAUGUGACCAGCGUGGUCUUCAUGAAUUCACCUUUGUGAUUCAGACAGACUACGUCGGAGAUGAAGUCAUUUGGGAGCUCAAGGACAGCAACGACGAAAUCGUACUACAAGGUGGAAGGUACCCAAACAACCAACUUCUUGAAGUCCAAGAAUGUCUUCCUGCGGAUACCUACAGCUUUACCAUUACGGAUUCCUUUGGGGAUGGUAUUUGUUGCCAGUAUGGACCAGGAUGGUAUCAACUCUGGUUCGAUAGUGUUGUCAUUCAUAGCUCGGAUGGCAAGUUUGGAAAACAAGAAACCGUCAUCUUUUCAGAGAGCGGUCUGAUGCCUUCCUCGACACCGACAAUUGUACCAUCAGCAGGCCCAUCCGCAAGACCGUCUAUGGGUCCUACAGAAUCGCCAACCGACACUGCUUCGGUUGCCCCGUCAUUCAGCCCUUCAUUGCGACCAUCUCAAUCGCCCACAGUUACAGCAUCUACGGGACCUUCCGCACAUCCAUCAUCAUAUCCAUCCAUGACACCAACAAUGUCGGAGGCUCCAACAAAAAGCGAUACGCUAGUCCCAACCUCAGCGCCAACAGACGAGGAAGACAUUGGCGUGUACUGUCCUGGCGUCUGCUUCAGCGGGACCUUGGCAGAUCCAUCUCAGAAUGCUAUAUUCUCUUCCGGUAACGAAGUUUCUUGCGCGUUUCUGGACGCUCAAUACAGAAAUUUCUAUGCAACUCCUUUGGCAUGUCGAUCCCUUGCACAGUCAGCACAAUCCAGAGGAUGCGACUGUUCUGACCCCACUACGUCGUCCGCCGUUAGUUCCGCUGAAAUCAUCCCAGCACCGGAUGAAGAACCAGAACUACGCAUUUCCAAGAUGUGGGCACUUCUCGGAAUGGGGAUUGUUCUCGUCGUUGCAUGUGUCAUCGCGUAUUGUCGUCUCGGAAAAUCAGGGAGAGAAUCUAGAGACGAAGUUACUGCUGACGAAUCCAGAAACGACCGGAGCGCACGGAGCGAAGGGGACGAAGCGACUUUGGAAGUUGCUUUAGCUGGAUUAUCCAAUCAUUCCAACAAGAGAAAACCAACAUAUGUCCAAUCAUGGACGCUCUGGGCAGGAGAGCAGCCAGAACACUUCGAUGGCGACACCGUCGAUGAAACCCUCGUCGAAGAAGCCUGA